AUUAGAGACUGUGAGCGAGGGGUCUUGAGGGAGACCGAGGAGGCUCUACCCAGAGAGUGUCAUCACAAAUUACCAGGAGAAGGCUCUCCGACGCUCACUGUCUCUUCUGCUUUUGGCAGGAGCUAACGCGCUGCACGCCAGCCGCCACUACCUCCACCUCCACCAGAGCUCUGCUGUAGCCUACCAGCUCUCUUACUCUCACUCACUCUGUCAUCUCCUCUCUCUCCCCUUUCUCUCUCUCUCUCUUUCCCUCUCUCUCUUUGCUUCCUCUCAGCACACCUCUCUAUCUUGUACAGCUGUACCUUCACCUUGUCUUCUUCAAUUUCAUUUCUUGGUGGCAAAAAAAGAGAGAAUGGAUCUAUGAGAAAUUUUUUUUCUCCGCAAACUUCCAAAACAGCAGCCAGCUCUCAAAGCGACAAUUGAUUUAUUUUUUUUUUUAAUAUUACAAUUUUCUUGCUUUUUAAUUUUUUUUUCUCUAAUGGCAAGACUUGCUCAUUGUGGUCUAACUGAGACGUGAUGCUUCAGGAUUUAAGUGCGAGCGUCCUCUUUCCUCCGUGUCUGCAGCACCGAAGUUUUGCUCAAGUUCCCGACAAUGAUGAGCAGUUCGUUCCAGAUUUCCAGACUGAAAACUUGGCGUUCCACGGACUGCAGCUGAAGAUCAAGAGGGAGCUGCACAGCCCGUGUUCAGAGCUGAGCUCCAACUGUAGCCAGGAGCGGCCCUUCAAACUCCAGUAUGGAGAGAAGUGCCCGUACAGCAUCAGUGCCUAUGAGCAGAAGCAGCCCACAGGAAUGAAGCCCUCCAGCCCAGUGACACCCCCCUGUAGCACCCCUGUGUCCCCACUUCAUCAUGGCUCACCCACGACGGCCCCAACGCCCAAACCAGACAGGACCUACACCCACAUACCGCCCUCGCAGGCUCUCCCUGAUAACGCCUACACUAUGGACCACAGAUUUCGACGUCAGCUCUCAGAGCCUUGCCACUCGUUUCCCUCCCCGCCGACAAUGGCUCGGGACGGCCGGCCCAUCUACCACAGGCAGAUGUCGGAGCCCAACAUCCCUUUCCCUCCUCAAGGCUUCAAACAGGAGUACCCCGACCCCCUCUUCGAACACCCGGCCAUGAUGGGGGCCCCUAUUCCCCACACAUACCCAGCCGGCAUGAUGAUCAAGCAGGAGCCGAGGGACUUCACCUAUGACUCAGCAGAAGUGCCUAGCUGCCAUUCUGUCUACUUACGGCAAGACGGCUAUCUGGCUCACACUAACAGGACUGAAGGUUGUAUGUUUGACAAAGUGGCGAGGCACUUCUACGACGAUACCUGCGUGGUGCCUGAAAAGGUGGAAGGCGACAUCAAACAGGAGUCGGGCUUGUACCGUGAGGGCCCGUCGUACCAGCGCAGAGGCUCGCUGCAGCUCUGGCAGUUCCUGGUGGCUUUACUGGAUGACCCGUCCAACUCCCACUUCAUUGCCUGGACCGGCCGUGGCAUGGAGUUUAAACUCAUUGAGCCAGAAGAGGUGGCACGUCGGUGGGGGAUACAGAAGAACCGGCCAGCGAUGAAUUACGACAAACUCAGCAGAUCAUUGCGCUACUACUACGAGAAGGGAAUCAUGCAGAAGGUGGCCGGCGAGAGAUAUGUCUACAAGUUCGUGUGUGACCCCGAGGCCUUGUUCUCCAUGGCGUUUCCUGACAAUCAGCGGCCGGUGCUGAAAACUGACAUGGAGCGGCAGAUCAACGAGGAGGACACGGUGCCGCUGUCGCACUUUGACGAAAACAUGGCAUACGUACAGGAGGGACCCUACUGCCAGCCGCACCCCUACAGCGAAGGCUACGUUUAUUAACGUCAGCCCCACAAAACCCACACCUCCACCCUACCCUCCUCCCAGCUGCCUCCAUCCGUACACAUGAGACUGUCGUGUCCUCUAACUCGCAGCCGCUCGGGGAAUUAGACUGAACACACACAUGCAGCGGCGCUUCCCUUCCCCUCUGUCUCAAACACGUACACGUCCUUUUGCUCUUGUCUUUCUGACCGCACAGCAAGAUGGAGAGUGCACUUUAUGGACCGGAAUGGCACGAUGUUAGCCUGCCGGGGGCUAGCUAUGUGAUUGGCUUUUUACUCAUUUAUGUUUGUACAUUAAUGUGGGAAUCAUUCCGUUUGUUUGGUUGUUUUUUGAAGUCCUUAUGAUUUUGAGCAUGUGCCGCCCUAACGAGACUGGACUAAUUUACGGUCACUUUGAUCUCCUGCUAAAGAAACCGUCUCAUCUACACUCACAAAAGAUGGCCAUUUGUUUGACUGUCUUUCUUUUUGUCUUCAUCCUGUACUGGAAACGUGUUAACGAUACUUUUAUGGUGAAGUGACAUGAUUAUAGACUUGAAAAAGUAAUGUGAUUAUAAAAGAGACAUUUAGCUAUCAGUGAGAACUGCCUCGCCACCGGUCUGAACACCGCACCUCUGUCCGUCAAGGCCCGUCGUCCAAUCAGACUGUAGAUUUCAUCAUGUAGGUGUUGUAAUGACAUAAACUCCACUGGAUCCUCAGCAGCUCAACAACCUUGUGGGUCAGUAAAGAUGAGACUUUCACUUACAAGGACGCACUCCGGGAAAAAAAAAUGUCUGGAUGACAAAAAAAAUACUUUCUCUGCGUCACACGUGAAUGGCCUGUGUUUAGGAUCGAAGACAAAGCUACAGGCUGCUGUAAAAUAAGUCAUUCACUGUAAACAGCAGUGUAAUGCGUCAGAGCAGGAGUCACUCAUUCGUCCUUCAGGUGUUCAGUUUUUCAAUGGAUAACAGGUGAAAAGUGUAUGUACAGUCGAAGUGGUUACAGCAGCCAGUCAGUUCAUAUUCAGGAUAAUGUUUGCAUCCCCAGCUAAAAAACAAAAAACAUCUGAUUUCAUUGGCACAGACAAUAAAAAGGAAAAAAAAAGAUAUAAAAUCGAAUUUCUCCCUUGAAUUGUUUUCGGUUUUGUUCCAGGUGAACGAGAGGUGUAUAUUUUGCUUAAAAACUGUUGCUUUGCCAUUAAUAGGUUGCUUUUUGGUUAAAAAAAAAAAACAACGUAAAAGAAAUAUUUAGAGUUUUAUAAUGUGAUGAAUAAAAAUCAUGGUAUAUUAAAUUGUUCCAUUGUAUAAUCAGGUAAAUGCACAUUUUGUUGCUGCUUCAAAUUGUAAGUGUAUUUUCUAGUCUCGAGAAAAUGACAACAGGGGGGAAAAAAGAAAAAAAAAACAGUGCAGCAGCUAUGGCCUGCUAUUCUGGAUUUCUCUUUAUUUUUUGUCUCUUUUUUUUCCGUCAAUUUCAGCAUUAAAAAAAUUACUCUGAAUUUUGUUCUCAAGAUUCACGUGUGUGGGAUGGGAUUGGCAAUAGGAAAAAUUCUGUAAUAAAAUAGUUCUGAAAAACAAA